CCCAGCUCCUGCCUCUGCUGCUCACGCUCCUCCUCUGGUUCCCCACCCCCAGGCCGCCGCGGCCUGAUUAUCAACGUGUGGUCCGGCCAGGGGAGCCGUGUGCGCCUCGUGCUCCCAGGUCGGCGGUGUUGUUCCCGGCUCUAGCCAUGGAUAUGGAGCAAGUGAACGCGCUGUGCGAGGAGCUAGUGAAAGCGGUGACGGUCAUGAUGGACCCCAGCUCCACCCAGCGCUACCGGCUGGAAGCCCUCAAGUUUUGUGAAGAGUUUAAAGAAAAGUGCCCUAUCUGUGUCCCGUGUGGCUUGAGGUUGGCUGAAAUAACACAGACUGCCAUCAUCAGACAUUUUGGCCUUCAGAUCCUGGAACAUGUUGUCAAGUUUCGAUGGAACAGCAUGUCACGAUUGGAGAAGGUUUAUCUGAAGAACAGUGUCAUGGAGCUGAUCGUAAAUGGAACGUUGAAUAUUCUGGAGGAGGAGAACCACAUUAAAGAUGUUCUGUCCAGAAUUAUGGUAGAGAUGAUCAAACGAGAAUGGCCACAGCACUGGCCUGACAUGCUGUUGGAGCUGGACACUCUCUCCAGACAAGGGGAAACGCAGAGGGAGUUAGUGAUGUUUAUCCUUUUGCGGUUGGCAGAGGAUGUAGUGACCUUUCAGACACUUCCCACUCAAAGAAGAAGGGAUAUUCAGCAAACAUUAACGCAGAACAUGGAAAGAAUCUUCAGCUUUCUGCUCAGCACACUUCAGGAAAAUGUAAACAAGUACCAGCAAAUGAAGACUGAUGCUUCUCGGGAGGCGGAGGCUAAAGCAAACUGCCGAGUAAGCACCGCAGCACUGAAUACCCUGGCAGGCUAUAUUGACUGGGUGUCUCUGAAUCACAUUGUUGCUGAAAACUGCAAACUGCUGGAGACACUCUGCCUGCUUCUUAAUGAAGAGGAGCUGCAGUUGGGAGCGGCUGAGUGUCUGCUCAUUGCAGUCAGCAGAAAAGGCAAGUUGGAUGACCGGAAACCGUUGAUGAUUUUAUUUGGAGAUGUUGCUAUGCAUUAUAUUCUCUCCGCUGCACAGACUGCAGAUGGAGGAGGCUUGGAAGAAAAACACUACCUCUUCCUGAAGAGACUUUGUCAGGUGUUAUGUGCACUGGGCAAUCUUCUGUGUGCACUGCUGGGCUUAGAUGCUAAUAUACAAACACCAGUAAACUUUGGAAAGUACCUGGAAUCUUUUCUUGCUUUCACAACCCAUCCAAGUCAGUUUCUACGCUCUUCCACUCAUAUGACCUGGGGAGCCCUCUUCAGGCAUGAGAUUCUAUCCCGUGAUCCUUCGCUGUUAGCAAUAAUACCAAAAUAUCUUCGUGCAUCCAUGACCAACUUAGUUAAGAUGGGCUUUCCUUCUAAGACAGACAGCCCCAGCUGUGAAUAUUCUCGGUUUGACUUUGAUAGCGAUGAGGACUUCAAUGCUUUCUUCAAUGCCUCCCGAGCCCAGCAAGGCGAAGUGCUAAGAUGGGUGUGCCGCCUGGAUACUAAGACCAGCUUCCAAAUGGCCGCAGAGUGGCUCAAGUACCAGCUGUCGGCUCCUAUUGACACGGGACCUGUGAACUCGUGUUCUGCAGCUGGAGCCGGAGAGGGAGGCUACUGCUCCAUCUUCUCGUCAUCAUUUGUGCAGUGGGAAGCUAUGACUUUCUUUUUGGAAAGUGUGAUCAACCAUAUGUUUCGAACAAUAGACAAAGAAGAAGUCCCGGUGAGUGAUGGGAUAGAACUGCUGCAGAUGGUUUUGAACUUUGAGAUGAAGGAUCCUCUCAUCCUGUCCUGUGUCCUCACCAAUGUUUCCGCACUCUUCCCAUUUGUCACAUACAAACCUGAGUUACUGCCCCACGUCUUCUCCAAGCUAUUUUCAUCUGUUACUUUUGAAACUGUUGGAGAAAGUAAGGCCCCCAGGACUCGUGCAGUGAGGAAUGUGAGGAGACAUGCUUGUUCUUCCAUCAACAAGAUGUGUCGGGACUACCCUGACCUUGUUCUGCCCAAUUUUGACAUGCUUUAUAGCCAUGUGAAACAGCUCCUCUCCAAUGAGCUGCUCCUGACCCAGAUGGAGAAGAGUGCCCUCAUGGAAGCCCUGGUUCUCAUUAGUAACCAAUUUAAGAAUUAUGAGCGACAGAAGUUAUUCUUAGAAGAGCUGAUGGCACCAGUGGUCAACAUCUGGCUUUCUGAAGAAAUGUGCAGAGUGCUGACAGAUAUUGAUGCCUUCAUUGCCUAUGUGGGUGCAGAUCUGAAAGCCUGUGACCCAGCUGUGGAGGAUCCUUGUGGUGCAAACCGUGCCAGAAUAACCUUUUGUGUGCAUGGCAUUCUCGGGGUUUUGAGACGAACUAGCUGGCCUUCCGACCUAGAAGAGGCCAGAGCUGGGGGGUUUUUGGUGGGUUACACACCUAGUGGAAAUCCAAUCUUCCGUAACCCCUGCACAGAGCAGAUCCUGAGACUUCUUGACAAUUUGCUUGCCCUUGUAAGAACCCACAAUACUUUAUACACACCAGAAAUGCUAGCCAAAAUGGCAGAGCCUUUCACCAAAGUUCUGGAUAUACUUGAAUCUGAAAAAACAGCAAUAUUAGGAUUGCCUCAGCCUCUCUUGGAAGUCAACGAACACCCUGUCUACAAAAGUACUUUGGAAAGAAUGCAGCGUUUCUUUGGCAUCCUCUAUGAAAACUGUUACCAUAUCCUAGGGAAGGCAGGCCCUUCCAUGCAGCAAGAUUUCUACACUGUAGAGGACCUUGCUACACAGCUCCUUGGUUCAGCCUUCGUCAACUUGAACAAUAUUCCUGACUUCCGGCUCAAAUCUAUGCUUCGUGUCUUUGUGAAGCCCCUCGUGCUCUUCUGCCCCCCAGAACAAUAUGAGACCCUGAUCGCUCCCAUCCUUGGACCUCUCUUCACCUACUUCCACAUGAGACUUUCCCAGAAAUGGCACGUCAUCAACCAGAGGAGUGUGCUGUGUGGAGAGGAUGAGAUUGCAGAGGACAACCCUGAGUCUCAAGAAAUGCUGGAGGAACAACUGGUGAGGAUGUUAACCCGAGAAGUCAUGGACCUAAUCACGGCCUGCUGUGUGUCAAAGAAGACUGCUGAGCCCAGCGCUGCUCCCGCUGUGGAUGGAGAUGAUGAAGAGAUGAUGGCCACUGAAGUAACCCCUUCAUCCGCGGCAGAGCUCACAGACCUGGGCAAAUGCCUGAUGAAGCACGAGGAUAUUUGCACAGCACUGUUAAUUACAGCGUUUAGUUCUCUGACCUGGAAGGAUACUCUGUCUUGCCAGAGGGCAACCACACAGCUCUGCUGGCCUCUCCUCAAACAGGUGAUGUCUGGGACCCUGCUCGCAGAUGCUGUCACAUGGCUUUUCACCAGUGUGCUGAAAGGGUUACAGAUGCAUGGGCAGCACGAUGGGUGCAUGGCUUCCCUGGUCCACUUGGCCUUCCAGAUAUACGAGACACUGCGCCCCAGGUAUCUGGAGAUAAGAGCAGUGAUGGAGCAGAUCCCUGAAAUACACAAGGAGUCCCUGGACCAAUUUGACUGCAAGCUUUUAAACCCCUCCCUUCAAAAAACAGCUGAUAAACGCCGGAAGGACCACUUCAAACGCCUCAUUGCUGGCUGCAUUGGAAAACCGUUGGGAGAACAGUUUCGGAAAGAAGUUCACAUUAAGAACCUUCCCAUGCUUUUCAAAAAACCAAAACCAAUGCUGGAGACAGAAGUGUUGGACAAUGAGGGGGGCGGACUGGCCACCCUCUUUGAACCCUGAAUCAUGCUUUUGGGCAUCCUUCUUCGGCCUUGUUGUCAUCUCUUCUCCCUUUGUAGCUACUCUCUAGGCCCGUCUUGUACUGCCGCCUCACUUUCCACCGUGUCAGCCUGGACAAGAGUGGGCCCUGUGUGGGGCCCACGCCCUCCACUGAAGUACUGAGAAAAGCGAGUUAGGGCUUACACCAUUCCAUAGAGAUGUCCUAGGGGAUUGGCAUUCAACUUGCAAUUUUGGCUUUUCCAAGAAAAGCAGAAUACAGUGGCCUUCCCCCAGCAGCAGCACCAGCACAGACAGGAGAGGGUGCCGUGUCCAACACCACUGGCCAAACUUGCAAGGGCUCAGCCAGAUUGGCUUGGACUACAAGGGACCCAAUUGAGCCCCUUGCUGCUGGGCGGGCAGGGGUCCUUCACUACUCCUAGGGCGUGUUUGGCCUAGGUGCUACGUGCUGAACCGUCCUUAGCCAGUUCUUUUAUCCUUUUCUUAAGCAAGAAUCUGGUCACUUGGUGGGAUCCAUGGGACAGGCUUUUGCUAUGUACUGAGCACAGUAUCCGGGGACAAGAUCAGGACAGAGUUUAAGGAACACUGUGUUCCUUAAAAUGCACAUUCGCCCUUCUAUGAAUGGCCCUCAGGGGUUUCCCUAGCCUCGGGGCCUACUGAGCAUCACAUGACACCACUGGCAUCCAGACCUUGCAAGCUAGCCAGGUGCCUUUGAAAGUUUCUGAUGACUUGUCUCAAGGGUCGCUUUGUCUCUGGAAGAGACAUGCAGCAAGAUGGGUGUGAGAUCUGGCCCUGCCGGUUAGGAAAGGCAGGUCUGUGUGUGUGCACUGACAGGCACACAGCUAGGCCGUGGAGUGAAGGCUGGGCAAUGGGAACUAGUGCCAGGUCACUGUCCCUGCUGUGGCUAUCCUUCUUUGCCUGGUGCUUGGGGUCUACAGGUUGUCAAGGUGAUUUCAGUGUUUCCCUCCAAACUUGAUAGCUGCCUUCUCCUGUCUGGUUAGGGCUGUGGAGGAUGUAGUUGUAUUUAUUAUGUUGUAAUAUUUUUAACAUCCUAUGACUUCAUGUUAGAAAUUUUCUAUUGUUUAUAGAACCUUUUGUAGAAAUGCUAACUCUAAAGUACAUGCAUGUCAGUAAAAAUCUCCGUUUCAUACA